CUAAUAUCUCUCCCAGUGCUCCCUUCUUCUUGUGCUCUGUUCGCUCUGUUUUUUGUACUACUGGUUCACAAGAGAGGAUCUUUUCGCAUAUCCAUUUCGGAUAAAUAUUGAAACUUUUUCAAUUUGCAAGUACCAAAUGGCUCUUCAGGCUGCUGCAUUGCUUCCAUCCGCUUUCACCACUCGCAAAGAGGGCAAAUCUGGUGCACCCUUCAAAGAUUCGAGCUUGUUUGGGGUUUCAUUCUCUGAGUAUGUCAAAGCUGACUUCAACUCCUCUGCAUUGAGGUGCAAGAGGGAAUACAACCGAAGAAAUGGCGUUGUCAGAGCCCAAACAAUAGCUUCAGCUCCCUCGGUGACCCGGGCCGCCCCUGAGGGUAAGAAAACCUUGAGAAAGGGCAGUGUCGUAGUCACUGGUGCCUCGUCAGGAUUGGGUCUGGCUAGUGCCAAGGCUCUUGCCGAGACAGGAAAAUGGCACGUGAUCAUGGCCUGCCGAGACUUCCUCAAGGCCGAAAGAGCUGCCAAAUCGGCCGGGAUCGCCAAAGAGAACUACACGAUCAUGCACUUGGACCUUGCCUCGCUUGACAGCGUGAGGCAAUUCGUUGACAAUUUCAGGAGAUCGGGACGGCCGCUCGAUGCUCUUGUCUGCAACGCUGCUGUUUAUCUGCCAACUGCUAAGGAGCCCACUUUCACAGCUGAAGGAUUCGAGCUCAGCAUUGGGACUAACCAUCUAGGGCAUUUCCUCCUUUCGAGGCUGUUGCUUGAGGACCUGAACAAAUCUGAUUACCCAUCGAGGCGACUCAUCAUAGUCGGCUCAAUCACAGGGAACACAAACACCUUGGCUGGGAAUGUGCCUCCGAAGGCCAACCUUGGUGACUUGAGAGGACUGGCGGGAGGGCUGACCGGGCUGAACAGCUCGGCCAUGGUUGAUGGUGGAGAUUUCGAUGGCGCCAAGGCCUACAAGGACAGCAAAGUGUGCAACAUGCUGACAAUGCAGGAGUUCCACAGGCGCUACCACGAGGAUACCGGAAUCACGUUCGCAUCCCUAUACCCAGGCUGCAUCGCCACGACCGGCUUGUUCAGGGAACACAUCCCGCUCUUCAGGUUGCUCUUCCCGCCUUUCCAGAAGUACAUCACCAAGGGCUUCGUAUCCGAAGAUGACGCCGGAAAAAGGCUCGCUCAGGUUGUGAGUGACCCGAGCUUGACAAAGUCCGGGGUCUACUGGAGCUGGAACAAGGAUUCAGCAUCGUUCGAGAACCAGCUGUCCCAGGAAGCUAGCGACAUCGAAAAGGCGCGUAAAGUUUGGGAACUCAGCGAGAAACUUGUUGGUUUGGCCUAAAAUGAGCUUUUUGGAUCGUACCCAGAGGGAACAUCCUUGGAAGAAGAGGAUGUUCAUCAGGAAGACAGUAACGAUUCAGCCUUUGUAGUUGUAGGUGACUUGUGAGUCGGGAUUUGGCAAUAAAACAGCUCAUGUCUUCUUGCAAAGUU